ACAUAAACAGAGAGAGGAAGGAAACAGCUAGCUGCAGCCAAGUUUUCCCGAUGACAGCUUCUAGAGCCGCCUUCCAUGUGAAUUUGACACGGAAGCUUCAAUGACAGUCGUUCAACAUCACCUGAAAGCAACGGGGCUCCAAUAAAGUCAGGUGGCUAUGGGUCUCUGCAAGUGUCCAAAGAGAAAGGUGACCAAUUUAUUCUGCUUCGAACAUCGUGUAAAUGUGUGUGAGCAUUGCCUGGUCUCCAACCACAACAAGUGUAUCGUGCAGUCAUAUUUGCAAUGGCUCCAGGACAGCGACUACAACCCCAACUGCACUCUGUGUAAUACUCUGCUGAAUGCUCAAGACACCGUCAGGCUAGUCUGCUACGAUGUGUUCCACUGGUCCUGUCUUAAUAACUUGGCCUCUCGGCUGCCCCUCCAUACGGCUCCAGCGGGAUACCAGUGUCCCACCUGUCAGGGUCCAGUGUUCCCCCCUUCCAACCUUGCCAGCCCAAUUGCUGAUGUGCUGAAAGAACAGCUGUCGUCUGUUAACUGGGCCAGAGCUGGUUUAGGGCUGCCGCUGAUUGAAGAGCCCAUUGGGGGCCUUGAGGAGACCACAGCUCAUGAUGUCACUGAUUACACCGACUGGUCAACAUUUGAUGCACAAGAACAAAGUAACAUUUACCCCAGCCACUCUUACAACACCAGCCUCAGCCCUCCACCAAAUUCUGUCUCACCUCCAGCACAGGAGGACCUCGGAGGUCCUCGUAAAAACGGGGAUCCAAAACUGCAGGAGCACACUGUGGUUAACUUCACCAAUGCCACUGCCUGUGACACAGUUACACUACACGCAGCAUCGUCACCAAGAAAGAUCUAUGACACGCGGGACGGAGGUCACAGCUCUGUCACACAGAUUGAUUUUGAUGACGACAAGUACCGGCGACGGCCAACGCUAAGUUGGUUUGCUCAAAUUCUCAAAAAUCGCACAGGAGGAAAGCGGACAUCUCUGUCCUGGAAGCAGCGCGUCUUCAUGCUUCUUCUGGUCGGAGUUCUUGGAUUCUUUACGUUGAUAAUCAUCAUGGCUAAACUUGGGCGUGCCUCCGCUGGCUCUGACCCAAAUUUAGAUCCUCUUCUUAACCCCAACAUCCGUGUGGGGAAAAACUGAUUUAAAAAAAAGCAUCGAUUCCUUCUCUUCCUUCUGUGUUACACAUGUAAGCACGUGUAGAACGAGCUGAAAUGGGACUUUCUAAUACACGGUUAGCCCAACAGAGGGAGCUGUUUACCCAACUUGAGUGGAGAAUGGAGGCAAUCUCUGGUCAGGUCAGUAGGAAUAUGCCAGGGCCCUUCACAGACCCUAAAACAAAUCUCACGACAUUCAGAAACUUUCCUGUGAUUGAUCCAAACAACCCGCAAACUCCAAAGGUGACCGAGGCCCGGGGCAUGUAGACAAAGGAUCAAGUUAUUGUGGCUUUGAAAAGCUAACAAUGAAAAGAGGUAGUAUUUAUAUUUACGAUUCCAGCUAACAUUUAUCAGUGAUCUUUGUAUUUUUUUUAAGUUAAGUAGAAUCAAUAGAAACACGGUUGAUGUUGAAAGAACAUCUUUAGCUGGCUGAAUUGUCCAAUAACUUCUACACGGUCAUAAACUGAUUCCACCUGCUGAUUUAAUUUGAGUGCGUUUCUCCUUUAGAGAAGAUUUCGCCCUCACAAAUGGGAUCAAAUAUACCCCAACACUUUAAUUAAUACAUAACAUAACUAUUUAUGGGUGUCUGCAUUACUUCUGAAAUUGAGUGCAUUGCUUUUAGAUUUGCCAUACAUAACUGUAUGUACAUUUUCCUGAUGUUUUUUGACUGUCUAUUAAAUGGGAAUACUACACAC